AUUAUUGAGCUGGAAUGACAAGAAACCCACAGGUUUACAUCGGAAUCCGGUUUUUUCGGCCGAUUUGUCGUUCCAGUCUUGUGUUGAAUUGUGCCACAUACACAGUGAGAAAAAUUUCAUUAAAAUUACAAAAAAAAACAAAUAAACUACCGAUCCCUGAGGUGAGUAAAAUAACAAACAAUUAUUUUAUGUUAUUUUUCGUAAAACUGAACUUUAGAAUAAAAUUCAUGACAUCGCGACAAGAAAUUUUUAAAAUAUUCUUUCCAAUUUCCAUAUCUUAUCAUCCUGUCAUGUUUCUACAAAACUUCUCUACUAAAACCAAAAUUAUGACUAAUUAUAUUCAUCAUAAACGGAAUUAAUUCCCGUUCACUCAGAUGAAUUAUAAUUAACUCUGCGACAAGGAAUAAAUCGCGCCAAUUUAUAUAUAAAAAAUAGGAACACAUGUAAUCACAAAUUUUUUCAUGGGGAACGCGGUUGAAGGUUUUCCCACUCCUAUCGAUUACCGUACCUUCGGCAAGUACGCUGGCGCACCGAAGUAUGCAUCACGUUCAUUAUAUCCUCUAAGUACAGUCUUAUCCCCUCGCUCGUGAUUGAAUUCUCCUCAGUAAUUCCUCAGGGUUUUGGGCUGAUCCGCCAGUGUGACACACGCGCUCAUCCGACACGUGGCGUUCCGCAAACUCCGCACCGAAAAUAGAGUACCCCCCAAUAUAUAAUAUAAAAUAAAAACCAGUUCAGUUGUUGUUUGCAUGCCACCGUCAUGCGUUCAUCCCUCAUGCCGUUGGUGAAGGCCCUGAGCCCAACCGGACGGGGAAAUCCCUUCAAGUUCCGGUGUGUCCCGGAAUUUCGCGAGUACAGCUCGACCGUUCACGUCACUGGCCGCAAAAUUACACGUGAUAAAAUGCACCUGCAUUACGAGAGAAUGAAAGAAAAAUGCCAAUCAAAAAAAUUGCCUCAGGACGUGAAUCCUAGAGGAGUUUUCGCCUGCAAUGAGCUGGACCUGAAAGAAGUCCAAGUCUACGGUUUCGAUUACGAUUAUACUUUAGCGUGCUAUAAGCCCUCACUGGAUUAUCUACUGUACAAUCUCGGUCGUGAUGAGCUCAUAAAGAAAUACAAGUACCCCGAAGAAAUUGCUCGAUUGGAAUACAGAGAGGACUUUGCAGUUCGUGGUCUUCACUAUGACAUUGAAAAAGGCCUGCUGUUGAAGCUCGAUAGUUUUCUACAGAUCCAACUUGGAACUGUCUACCGUGGACUACAUCCGGUUCCGGACGAAGAAGUUCUCAGAAUAUAUAAAAACCGGAUCAUACCAAUUGCAUAUGUCGAGUCCCAGAAUAAACACUCUCACGAUGGACCACAUCGUCAGAAAAUGGUACAGCUUGCCGAUCUCUUCUCUGUACCGGAGAUGGGACUACUUUGCAAUGUUACAGAAUAUUUCAUCCGUAAUGGCAUCGAUUAUCAUCCCGAGAUUCUCUUCAGGGACGUAAAAAACUCGGUGCAAGCAUGCCAUCCGAUAAUGCACCAAAUGGUGUCCAGCAACGUGAUGGAGUAUUUGGAAGCCAACAAAGACCUCCGUAAAUUCUUCGAUCGUCUCGUCUCUGCAAACAAGAAAAUGUUUCUCGUAACUAACAGCCCGUUCCACUUUGUCGAUAAAGGCAUGAAAUUUCUCGUCGGCGAUGACUGGAGGAAUUAUUUCGAUGUUGUGAUAGUACAAGCGAGAAAGCCGAGGUUCUUCACGGAUGAAACGAGGCCUCUGAGGAUAUACGAUCAGACACAGCAGACACUGCUAUGGGAUCGCGUUACCAAGUUAGAAAAAGGUGUCGUAUAUCUCGAAGGGACCGUUAAGCAACUCCAAGAUAUGACUGGCUGGAGGGGGCAUCAGGUGUUGUACUUCGGUGAUCAUCCUUACAGUGACUUGGCAGAUGUCACUCUGGAACAUGGAUGGAGAACAGGUGCCAUAAUCAAGGAAUUGACACACGAGAUUGAAAAUUUGAACGAGCCAUCCUUCAAAGAGAACGCUAAUUGGCUCCAAAUGCUCACGGCGUUGAUUGAGGAUCAUCAGGAUUACGAUGGGCCCGAGGUGCAGGAGCAGCUCGAAGAAUGGAUGAACGAACGGGAUCAGAUAAGAAAUGAAAUAAAACGGGUGUUUAAUCAGCAGUUUGGCUCGGUUUUCAGGACUUAUCACAAUCCCACUUACUUCUCCCGUCGACUCUUCAGAUUCGCUGACAUCUACAUGAGCUCUAUCACCAAUUUACUCUAUUACUCGACGACACAUACAUUUUACCCACGACGUGGUGUCAUGCCGCACGAGUACAUGAGCUACUUCAUGUAAACACCUCCAAAGUUAUUGUUUUUCCUCAAAUAUUCCACAUGUCCAAGAUUGAAUCUAAUCAUAAAAAAAUACACUAAGAUUGGAUUCAAUUUAAUUUCUAUUGAUUGUGAUAAUUUUUGCGACAGUGAGACGUGGAAUUAUGAGUUAGAUAGGCUAGUAUUGAAAUAAUACCAGUAUAUAUUAUCCGCAGCAAACGAACAAUACGGAUCGUAAUGAUCUUUAGAUAGAGAGAAAUAAUUUCUCGUCUUACUUCAAUUUUUUGAAGACUUGGUUAAUCGCAUAAUACCACGGACUUGCUGAAAAGUGUUCAUAAACUCGAAGUUUAAUUGAUAUUCAAGAGUUAAUUAGAACAAUGAUAGUCAAUGAUUACAAAAAACCUGUGCCAUACUCAAUGCUGAUGUUUAGAACAUUUAGAGUGUUCCAUAUAAAAUUGAUUUAAUAACUCUAUCGACCCAUCGAAACGAAUAAAAAAAUGGAGAAAUCCUGCAUUGGAUGAGAGUAGAAUAAUCCCCAUAGAAUCGUAUUUUAGUUUAUCCCCAGCGAUGCAAUUGCACUCGUUCAUUACUCGUGAAAGUUUUAUUUUUCAUAAAUUUAUUGAAAUACUGGGAACUCAUAGAUUUACUCGUAGAAUAUUCUGAAGCGCAGGGAAUCUAGACAAUAACAUAAUUAUUAGAAGGAAGAUUAUACAGUCGUGAGAAAAAAUAAAAAAAUAAAAGAUGAUAAUUUUCGAAA